AUGGUGGUAAAGGUGUGCUUGAUGCUACUUUUCCUUCUGGGGACUUGUAGUGCUAGCUUGAAGGUGUCUGAGGUAGGUCAAGUCAUCAAAAGUGGUGAUCAUCAUGAAGCAACUGAUGAGCCCUCUGAAUCUUCAGAAGCAUGCUGUGAUCGAUGCGAAUGCACAAAAUCAAUACCUCCUCAAUGCCGCUGUUCAGACGUAAGGCUCAAUUCGUGCCAUUCAGCUUGCAAAUCAUGUGCCUGCACAUUUUCCAUUCCUGCACAGUGUUUUUGUGGUGACAUAAACGACUUCUGCUAUAAACCUUGCAAGUCCUCCAGUCAUGAUGAUGAUGACUGGGAUAAGUAA